AUGGAUCGAAUAGAAGGAGAAAGCUCUAAUAUAAAGAAACAAGAGACCCCAACCAAAUCGCCCAAGAAAAAGUCGCAGCCGGCGCCAGCGAGUAUGAAUGGCCAAGUUGUCAAUGCAAAGAAAACCGCCGAAGGUUUGGCUGGACUUUACGAUUCCGAAGAAGACGAAGCCAAUGUCAAAGACGGUGGGCUCGAUGCAUUAUUUCUUGUGAGAAAUAAACCAGAAGAGAUUGAACAGUACGUUAUACAUCUCCGCAAGAUGUUAUUAGAAGGUGAAGGCGAAACGGUCAUUGAAAUUGGUGUUCCUAUAGAGCUUGAAGGGAAAGCAUCUGGUAUCCCAACCAAAGAUUUGGAGAUAGCUGUUGAUAACCAUGUGAAAGCUCUCGCAACUAUUCCAGCCGUCGGAACUAAAAUAGAGAGAAGAACAACUGGCAACAAGUCCACUGAAGUAUGGCUUGUAAGAGAUCCUCCAAAAGGCGAAGAUUUUAUUGAGGUGCGAGUGGCUGUUGUGGGAAAUGUAGAUGCAGGAAAAUCCACCUUACUAGGAGUGUUAACCCAUAGCGCCCUUGACGAUGGAAGAGGGCUCGCGAGAACAAAGUUAUUCAGGCAUAAACAUGAGUUCGAGUCGGGUCGAACAUCAUCUGUAGGUAACGAUAUUCUCGGCUUCGAUGUCCAUGGCGAAGUGGUUAAUAAACCAGAUCCACACAAUAAUAACCUUGACUGGGUGCAGAUUAGCAGAGAUUGCAGUAAGUUGAUAACCUUCAUAGACUUAGCUGGACAUGAGAAAUAUCUGAAGACUACCAUAUUCGGAAUGACGGGACAUAUGCCCGAUUAUACGAUGCUUAUGGUUGGUGCAAAUAUGGGGAUUAUUGGUACGACGAAAGAACACUUGUCACUGGCUCUCUCACUGUCAGUCCCAGUGUUUAUCGUGGUAACGAAAAUAGAUAUGUGCCCACCUCAAAUCCUUGAGGAAACCAUGAAGAAUAUCGGGAGACUCGUGAAGAGUGCAGGUGCACGAAAACUUCCUGUGAUGGUACGGAAUACUAAUGAUGUAAUUCAUGCUGCCGUCAAUUUUCCUAGUAAACGAGUAUGUCCUAUCUUCCAAGUAUCCAACGUGGAAGGAACAAAUCUUGAUCUUCUGAGACAGUUCCUGAAUAUUGUUCCAUUGAGACGAACACUUUGCGAGAAUGAUCCUGCUCACUUUCAGAUUGAUGACGUCUAUUGGGUAGAAGGCGUUGGCACAGUUGUAUCCGGUACAGUGCUCUCUGGAACUAUUAAAGUCAACGACACACUGUUGCUAGGUCCCAAUUCUGUGGGAGAAUUCGUUCCCUUGCCCGUGAAGUCAAUCCAUCGGAAGCGUAUGCCAGUGUCAAGUGUACGAUGUGGACAGACAGCUUCAUUUGCUUUGAGGAAGGUCACCAAACGUGAUGUCAGGAAAGGGAUGGUUAUGUUGGACCCACGGAUGAAUCCUGUGUCCAGCAUGAUGUUUGAAGCUGAAAUACUGAUUCUGCACCACCCUACGACGAUAAAACCCAACUAUCAAGCUAUGCUUCAUAUUGGAUCAAUUCGACAGACUGCAACUCUAGUCAGCAUGACUAAGGAAGUAUUACGAACUGGAGAUCGCGAUCGGGUAAUGUUCAGGUUCAUACGUUUGCCGGAGUACAUUCGACCAGGAACUAGGAUGGUAUUCCGCGAAGGAAGAACGAAAGCGGUAGGAACGGUGAUAAAUGUUAUUCCACAAGCGACACUAGCUCAGCAAAGAGCGAAGCUUAAGGACAAGACGAACAGAACAUUUAUUAAACGCGGGCCGAAACCUCCCAAUGGAAAGCCGAAAGUGGAAGCAAAGGAAUGA